AUAGAGUACUUGAAAAAUAUAAAAUUAAAAAGAACCUCGUAUAUUUUUCAUCAUUGAAGUCUAGUCAAACAAAACUCACAAAACAAAGCCCUUUCUGCAUUUCCAUGUCGAUUGCUGGCGUCCAGGGUCAACUUUUGAAAGUUACAGUUGUUGGAUGUAACAAAUUGAAAGAUACAGAAUGGAUUUCAAGACAGGAUCCUAAUGUUUGUCUUGAAUAUGCUAGCAAUAAGUUUCGAACUCGCACUUGCACAGAUGGAGGGAAAAACCCAGUUUUUCAGGAGAAGUUUGUAUUUACACUAAUUGAGGGUCUUAGAGAGAUCGAUGUUGUUGUUUGGAAUAGCAAUACUCUCACUUUUGAUGAUUAUAUAGGCAGUGGAAAAGUUCAACUUCAUGAUGUUCUUUCCCGUGGAUAUGAUGAUAGAGCCUGGCCUAUUCAGACUAAAACUGGCCGACAUGCUGGAGAAGUCAAAUUGAUUAUGCAUUUUGCCAAAACCAAUAAGCCAUAUGCAAGCAGUGCUCCUUCAGCUCCACCUUAUGGUGCAUCACCUCAAACUCAAGUAUCUAUGUACUCGGCUCCUCCAGCGGCUUCAAUGUCUUAUAUAAAUACAACCUCAGCCUACCCACCCCCUCCAAAUGCCUAUCCUCCUCCACCAACAGCUUACCCUGCAUAUCCGUCUACUUCACCUUAUCCGUAUCCUCCUAAUCCAUCAGCAUACCCAUCCUAUCCAUAUCUGCCACUCCCAGAUCAUUCAGCAUAUCCUCCGUCUGCAUACCCACCACCUCCUUCAGCAUAUCCUCCUCCAUCAUAUCCUCCACCUCAUCAAGCUCCACCUUAUCCUCAUUCAGGGCAUCACCCUGGGAUGUACCCUCCACCACCAUACUGAAGAGACGGUAGUGUUUGAUGACAAGACACGCCAAUCUGCUUCGGUAACCUCUUUUUUAUGUGUAAACCGUUUAAAUCAAUGUACUAUAGCUGUUAAGGCUGUUUUGCUAUUGAAUUCAAUGGCAAAAGUAUUCUUUACAACUGUUCAUAUUGUGGUAUGGGCUGGUAUAAGUUGACAUUAAUGUAUUUGAUGAUUAGAACAUUGCUUUCAUUUUAGCUAUGAAAACAUCUAAUUACUUGUUGUGGUGUAGUGGCUAUUUCACCUAUUUGUCUCA